AUUCAUUUCACUGGAACCCACCCACGUCUCCCAUCAUGUCACAAAAGCUAACCAUCGAAUUCGUCAAACAAGUCGAGGAUACACCUGAACUUCGCCGAACCAAGAAGGGUGAUGUUUUGAGCAUGCAUUAUACCGGCUACUUUGUCAAGACCAACAAAAAGUUUGAUUCAAGUCGAGAUCGCAAGCAACCCUUCGAAUUCUUGCUUGGUGCAGGCGAGGUCAUCAAGGGCUGGGAUGAAGGUUUGGAAGAUAUGGCAGUAGGCGAGGAACGUAAGCUGACCAUUCCCCCGGACAUGGCUUACGGUGUUACUGGCGUUGGUCCAAUUCCCGGUAACUCUACUUUAGUUUUUGAUGUCGAGUUAUUGGAAAUCAAGGACAAGCGAACGCACGAUCCCACUGCUCUUUUCAUUCCACUCUUGCUACUUGUUGGUUUGAUUGGUGGUAUCUUUUAUCUCAAUUCUCAAAACCUCCUAUUUUAACUACAGUCAUUCGGAUAUCUACGGCGGCAUGGUGUAGCUUUUUGAACGCCCAUGCUGUGAAAAUACAAAAAGGAAAAGGUUGACGUGGUAUAGUGAGGGAAAUUGAGUAGCUUUCUAUACUGUUUAUAUAAAGUGUUCUUCAAAGUGUUCUUCGGUAUGUUCUUUUGACUGGGUUCAGCUGGUAAAGGGGUUUUUGUGACUUGCUGUUACUCUGGCAAUGCUGCUGCGAUUUUUUAUUUUUUUU